UCGGGCCUGCGCUCCGGUCUGUGCCUCCUGCGGAUGCCCGGGCCCCAGCGGGGCCGCGUUAUGGACCUGGCCGGGGCGCGCCGUCGCUGAAUCAUGAAGACCAUCAUCGCCGCCUACUCGGGCGUCUUGCGAGUUUCAGGUACCAAGCAUGAAUGGGAAGAGGCUGUAUUAGGAACCAGAAUAGGUACUGGGUCAAGCAUACUGUCUGCUCUGCAGGAUUUAUCCUGGUUGUCCAAGUCCAAAGUAGAGAAACAACUUCAGAUAAUAUCUGUGCUACAAUGGGUCCUUACUUUCCUCAUUAUGGGUGUUGCUUGCACUGUAACCCUCAUGUACAUACUCUGCACAGACUGCUGGGUGAUUGCAGCGGUCUAUUUGGCAUGGCUGGUGUUUGACUGGAAUACUCCAAAGAAAGGUGGAAGAAGAUCCCAGUGGGUCAGAAACUGGGCCAUAUGGAGAUACUUCAGAGACUAUUUUCCAAUACGGCUGGUUAAAACCCACAAUCUGCUAACGAGCAGGAAUUACAUUUUUGGCUACCACCCGCAUGGAAUCAUGGGCUUGGGUGCGUUCUGCAACUUCAGCACGGAAGCCACCGGUGUUGGUCAGAAGUUUCCUGGUAUCAGACCGUACCUUGCCACGCUAGCUGGGAACUUCAGAAUGCCUAUUUUGAGGGACUACUUAAUGUCCGGCGGUAUCUGUCCUGUGAACCGUGACAGCAUUGAUUACAUCUUGUCAAAGAAUGGCAGAGGAAAUGCAAUUGUCAUUGUUGUGGGAGGAGCUGCAGAAUCCUUGAACUGCACACCAGGGAAGAACUCAGUGACUCUGAAGAAUAGAAAGGGAUUUGUGAAGCUGGCUCUACGACACGGAGCAGAUUUGGUCCCGGUGUAUUCGUUUGGUGAGAACGAGGUUUUCAAGCAGGUGAUCUUCGAGGAAGGCUCGUGGGGGAGAUGGGUUCAAAAGACGUUUCAGAAACACAUUGGUUUUGCUCCGUGCAUAUUCCAUGGCCGUGGCCUUUUCUCCUCCAACACCUGGGGAUUGCUACCUUAUUCCAAGCCCAUCACUACUGUUGUUGGGGAGCCCAUCACAGUUCCUAAAAUUGACCAUCCGAGCCAGAGGGAGAUAGACCUUUAUCACAACAUGUAUGUGAGCUCUCUGAUUAAACUCUUUGACAAGUACAAGACUAAGUUUGGCCUGCCAGAGACUGAGGUAUUGGACGUCAACUGAAAGAGCUACAUUUGGCUUGAAGGCAACCUGCUCGUAAUCUGAGUUGGAGAUGGUAUCUCUGGAAGUCCACAUGGUUUUUAUUCUAUAAAUCUGAAAGCAUGUGUGGAUGGGUGUCUGUCUUUAAAAGGAAAAAAUGUUGUUAAACUAGUCAAAAGUUAGAUCUUUUUUAAAAAAAUAAAUCAAUCUUGCUCCGGAUACAAACAUUAGAAAUUGCUCUUGCUAUCAAGAGGAACACUACAAUUCCUAGAUAGCUCUGGGAAUGGGGACAGGGAAAAUGUGAUUCCCACUGUAAUCUAUAUAAUAUUUCUGAUUGCUGAUGAUGGACUUCAGAUAUUCCCGCUGCUACCAUAUUUUACCAGCAGUGGCACAGAUUCUGCUGGCAGAGUAAGGUCCAUUCAUUUGGCAACCCAAAGAAAGCACUUAUAUGAUUUGAUAGUAUUGUAGGUGUGUUGCACAGGAAUUGCUUUUUAGAUGUAGUUACAUAGCACAAGGGUUCGGAAAAGCCCCGUCUGAAAGCACAAACAAUGCAAUUUGGUGGUUGGGCCUCAUUUUAUAGCUUCUGCUAUGCAUGGGGUUGGAAACCAAAAGAACUUGUAACUCUAAUGGACCAUGUUAUUUCCAUACAGUAUAUUGUAUAUUUAGCUCCCUGAUUUUUUUUCUUUUUAUUUUGAAUGUCUUUACAAGUACGUCUGACAUUAGAUGGUACUUGAAUGUGUGCUGUAUGAGAAAAUAUUGAUGAGCUCAGUAUUAGCCAGCAAUACUUUAAACAAACUAGAAGUAUUGGGAGGUGCAAUUUUAUGUGACUGUAACAGUGGCCCUGUUCCUGCAAACACCUUGGGAUGUGUAGCAGGAUAAAUCUGAUGGGGCUGUUCAUGGGCGGAAAGUGAUUCAUGUGUUUACAUGAUCAGGGUCCAAAUGUAACAUUGGGAAUGAUUUCUGCUGUUUAAAGAUGACUUUAUAAAAAAAUUAUAAUAUAUUCCAUGCUGUGAAUGUAAGGGAGUAGAUGUUAUGCACAGGAUAUGCAGUUAGUGACUGUUUUUAAAUGUUUGUAAGAUGUUUACAUGGAUGUUGACACAUGCUUGUAGUGAGAUUUAUUAUUCAGAGUACAGUGUGUGUAUGUGUGCAUAUAAUUUAAAACAUUGCACUACUGCAUGUGUAACCUGCCUUCUUCAACAGUUUAAUUGUUGAGUGUGUUAAAGCUCUGAAACGUGCCUUUGUAUUGUGCAAGAAGACAGUCCUGGAAUCUUGCAUCAAAAUUAAAUGUUCAUUCUUUCAUAUCUGAUAUAAUAUUAUUCUACAUCCAAACUUUUUGUACAAAUUUAUAGAAAUAAAUUUGAGCAAAAAUAGUUCA